AUGAGGAGGAGGGGGGAGCAGAAAGAUGACAGCGCUACGCUCAUCGCCAUGGAAAGCAGCACCGACAACAGCUACGGCAGCAUUGCCACGAAUGCACCUGCUCAGCUCCAGGACAUGAACGUGUUCAGCGACAGAUCGACUCGAGUCGACUUCGUGCUGGUGUGGGAGGAGCCUCGGAGCCCAAAGGAGGAGCACAAAGGUGUUGACCCCGCCCACGUGAAGUUUAGAGAGGAGUUUCUGAAUCGACUGCGACGCUGCGGACUGCUGCAGGAGCAGGUCGUCCUCCAGGAGAAGAAGAAGAUCUGCUUCGUCCUCCUCAGCGCCCCCUGGAGCGUCCUCUGUUACUACGCCGAGGAGAUCAGUCUCAGAGUCCCUCUGCAGGUGGUGGAGGCUCCAAACCUGAACUGGUCUGAGGUGGUCCUGUCCAAGCUGUCCCUCCCCAACCCUCUGUCCCAGGACGUCCCCAACCCUCCGGCCGACUUCUACACCUGUCAGUUCAGGACCAACAAGCUGCAGAGGUUUCUGGGCAGCGACCACAAAGAGACCUUCUUCAAGACCACCCAGAGACACCAGGUGCUGUACGAGAUCCUGGCCAGGACCCCGUACGGUUCAGUGAAGAAGGGGGAGGUGGGAAUCGACCGGCUGGUGAGCGAGCAGGUCUUCUCUGCUGCCUACCCCCUGCACGAGGGGGACUUCCAGUCGCCCUCCCCCCCAGUGCUGCCCCAGUGUUUGGGUCUGAGGCAGAUCCUGUAUGCGUACUGGGCCCAGUGGUCCUGCUGGAGGCGCUACCAGCCUCUGGACCACAUCAGGGAGUACUUUGGGGAGAAGAUAGCGCUGUACUUUGCCUGGAUCGGUUUCUACACGGCCUGGCUGUUACCGGCGUCUCUCGUCGGCACUGUGAUCUUCCUGAUCGGCUUCGGCCUCAUGGCCACCGAUGUUCCAGCGAAGGAGGUGUGUAACAGUGGAAACAGGUUCAUUAUGUGUCCGAUCUGUAACAUCUGCUCCUACUGGAACUACUCCAGCAUCUGUAGCACCUACAAGGCUGGUCUCCUGUUCGAUAACGGAGGAACAGUGUUCCUCAGCGUCUUCAUGUCUCUGUGGGCCGUCACCUUCCUGGAGUACUGGAAGAGAACCUGCUCGACUCUGUCUCACCGCUGGGACUGCUCAGACUUCCAGGACAUCGAGGAGCGACCUCGUCCAGAGUUCACCGCCAUGGCGCCGAUGACGGUGAGGAACCCGGUGACCGGAGCCGAGGAACCCUACUUUCCUGAAAAGAAGCGGGUCAACAGAACCCUGACGGGCUGCAUGGUGAUCAUCAUCAUGGUGGCCGUGGUGCUGAUGUUUCUCAUUGCUGUCAUUCUGUAUCGCACCAUCCUCAGCAUCGUCAUCUACAAGUCGGACUUCAGCUUCUUCAACUUGUCUGCCGGGAGGAUCGCCAGCCUCUCCGGGUCGGUGCUGAACCUGCUGGUCAUCCUGCUGCUGUCCAGAGUCUACACCGCCCUCGCCCACAUCCUCACCCGCUGGGAGAUGCAUCGCACUCAGACCAAAUACGAAGACAUGUUCAUCCUCAAGGUGUUCAUCUUCCAGUUCGUCAACUUCUACUCGUCUCCGGUUUACGUCGCCUUCUUCAAAGGCAGGUUCGUUGGUUACCCUGGAAACUACAACACUCUGUUCGGAGUUCGCAAUGAAGACUGUGGAGCAGGCGGAUGUCUUAUUGAACUGGCUCAGGAGCUGCUGGUCAUCAUGGUGGGAAAACAGCUGAUCAACAACAUCCAGGAGUUCUUCUCCCCGAAGCUGAAGUCGUGGUGGCAGAAGAGGAAGCUGAGACCUCAGCUAAAGGAGAAGAAGAAGAAGGGAGCAAAUGAAGAGGAGGCUCAGGGAGACGAGGAGGAAGAGGUCCGUCCCUGGGAGGACGACUACCAGCUGCUGGUCUGUGAGGGACUCUUCAGCGAAUAUCUGGAGAUGGUGCUGCAGUUUGGUUUCAUCACCAUCUUCGUGGCGGCGUGUCCUCUCGCACCUCUCUUCGCUCUCAUCAAUAACUGGGUGGAGAUUCGUUUGGACGCUCACAAGUUUGUGACGGAAUAUCGCCGCCCGGUGGUGGAGCGAGCUCAGGACAUCGGCAUCUGGUUCCCCAUCCUGCAGUUCAUCACACACAUGGCCGUCCUCAGCAACGCGUUCCUCAUAGCGUUCACCUCGUCCUUCCUGCCUCGGCUGUACUACCGCUACACCAGAGACAGCACGCUGAGCGGCUUCAUCGACUUCACUCUGGCCACAUCGCCACACGUCUUCAGCCAGCGGCACCACAACGCCUCCUGCAGGUAUCGAGGCUUCAGGGAUGAAAACGGUGAAUACCUGCCAGAGUACUUCCACCUCCUCGCUAUACGUCUGGGUUUUAUCAUCGUCUUUGAGCAUGUGGUCUUCUUCAUCGGCCGCCUGAUUGAUCUGAUGGUUCCUGACAUCCCUGAAGAGGUGGAGAUGAAGAUAAAGAGGGAGCACUACAUGGCUAAAGAGGCCCUGGCUGAGAACCAGUCCUUGGGGAAAACUAUGAUUCCUGGAGAUAAGGACGUCCCAUCCAGCAGCCUGCGACAGCGUGGAUCCAGAACUUUUCCACCACAGAGCGACUCCCCUCCACCAAACCUGACGGGGAUCCCGGAGGAAACCGACCCACCAGGCAGCUUCUGAGACAAAGUGGACUCCCACUGCCUCCAUAUCUUCAUGACUGAGACCUAACACUGCUUUAUAUCCUUUGUCAUUGGCCCCUGUGAGACUUCUGCAACAUCUCCAAGAAAUAGUUAAAAUCCUUAGAAGAACCAACUAGAACUUUUCAAGAACUGCAAGUACUGAGUGUGUCUACAAGAUAUACAGUUUUAUACUUACUUUUACCUUUUAAACUAACAUCCUCUGGCAAGUGCUUCCAAAGACGUCUGGCAGAGGUCUACAAACCACUAAUUGCUCUGCAAAAGGUGCUGCAGAUCUUCAGCAUAUCCAGUCUACAGGAUUAACAUGUUCUUCAAGAACUCUAGAAAAUGUCUGUAUGGACUCUCAGUCAUCCAGGUCAUGGUAAUCCUAACAAGAAGAUGAAGGUAGCUGCACUUCUUUUUGGUUCUUGAAGACACUUCAUCUUCAUCCAAGAGGCUUUGUUGGUUCUAACUGAUGGUGUGGAGUCCCAGGUAUGUGUUCUUCGCUCUAACUCACAUGAGUCGAGAUGUAACAGUGGUGAAGCUCCUUCCCCUGGCAGUUGGAUUUACCCAGUUGAUUCCCAGUCAGUUUCAUCACUAUUCAUGCCUCAAGUCAUGUGAGUCUUGGGUCAUUCGAAAGCCUUGAUUCAGUUGAGUUAAGGGUGAGAAUAAAUACCUUAGACUCCCCACCCGCCAGUUUGAACCGAGGAAGCCUCCUGGAUGAAGAUAAUGUCUUCAAGAACCAAUGAGAACUUCGGCUGCCUUCUACUGAAGCACUUAGGACUCCUCAAGGCGUUCAGUACCAGACUUCCUCUAAAGUUCUACAAAAUCUAUCACACAUCUGCCCGACCUGUCUGGAAGGCGUCAUGUUGAAUCUUAACACGUCCUACAAGAGCUCUUCAAGAGGUUUACAUUACUGACAAGAUGUUGUAGGAAGUCUGAGACCUGCAGUGCCUCUGCUGGACCUGUACAAGAUCUAAAAUACCUCUGGUAGAUCAAAGAACUGCAAGAGUUGUGUUAUAUCCCUCAAGAAGUCUACAAGAGACAGACAAGACGACCUACAAGACUUCUGGUUCAUGUCUACAAAAUCUGCUUAAGCAGUGAUGAAUCCUUAAAGGUUCUACAGCCGCAGCCACGAAGUCAACCAGAGUGAGGCUUCAGUUCGCAAACACAAGACUUUUACUGGAGCCUAAAACCUUCCAAAACUCUGUCAAAACUACCUCACAGGCAACAACAGCCUCCACAACAGCUGUACAAGACAUCUCAAUGAGGCUAGUUUGUCAAAUAUUCAGAAGAAUUUCGCAGUGAUUAUAGAGUUUGUUGUUGGCAGUCAUCCUUCACCGUGCUACUGCUCCAUAAAGCUCUCACACUGGACAUGGAGUUACUGUUACUGAGACACUUUCAUUGUCUAGAGACCUAAAUAUAUGUUGACACUUCUAUUGAUGGUUGUACUUGUUAUAAAUCUAAAUAAAUAUCUUGGUGAUGAAUGAA